AUGCCCUCCAUUGCUGGCAGCGAUGCCUACAUCGACUCGUGGCGGGCUAUGGGAAGUAUUGGGGUUGUGUUCCAUGGAGGAAUCCCCACAUCGCCAGCCCCGCCUACCUCCACCGUUCUCCGCCCCGUGUUCCCCUCCGUCCCUUCCCCGAGGCUCGGAAUCCCCACCUCCAGCGGCCACGGCAUCCACUCUGCAAGAAAGGUGAAGGCAGUGGCUAUGUACUCACAGGAUCCUUUGAGCGUUGCUGCAGAUAGCUUGGCAAAUAUGCUUGUGGGGUUGCAGUAA